GUGUUUGUUUUGUGGUAAUCCCCAAAAAUAUAAAUAUAUUUAUUUAUAUUAAAUCUAUUUUCUUUUACUUUAUAAAAGAAAUAUUAUUACCAUUAAUAAUGGUGUGUAAAAGACUGUAAAUUACCUAUUCUUUUUGUUAAACUUAAAAGCUGUAAAUAAACAAGACAGAAAAAUGGAAAUAGAGAAUGUAACGAUUAAAUCUGAACAAAUAGAUGAGGAUGAUAUAAUUGAAGAUAAAAUAAAUAUAAAAGAAGAAGGUUUACAAUCAACAAAUGAAACGCCUUAUAAAUGUGGUAUAUGUGGUCACCGAACAACUACAGAUACCCUACUUAAAGUGCACAUGAAAAUGCAUUUAGUUAAACGAUUACAUCAAUGCAAUAUUUGUAAGAAAACUUUUAGUUUUGUUACUGAAUUGAACAGUCACAUCUUGACCCACACAGAAGAAAAGAAUAGUUAUCAAUGUGAAGUAUGUCGCAGAGACUGCUUUACUGAAGAAGAUUUGCAUAAACAUUAUCGAGUUCACACAAAAGAGAAACCUUUCAAGUGUAAAUUGUGUUUUAGGUCUUUUUCAGAUGAUUCAUAUCUGAGAGUUCACGAAAGGACGCAUCAUGGUGAAGACUAUUUUAAAAACGUCAUGAAAAAGAACGGCACUUUUGUUGAUCCCAAUUUAGUGAAAAAUGUUAUUGAAGAUAGUACACCAAAAGAUUUCAAAUGCGACAUUUGCCAGAAAUGCUUCUGCAACGAAGAAUUCCUAAAACUCCACAUCGAAAACCAUUUGAGCGAGGGCGUUCAUCACGAUAUUUUUGGAGCGGAAGACCCUCUUGCCACAGUAGUUUUACCGACUGAUAUCAGCGAUAAGUACCUGGAGAAUUGCAGAACGACCAUACCUGUAGAUAAACAAGAUCCGUCCAGUUUUGAAUGCGAAUACACAGAUGAUAACGGCAAGAAGUGUUCUAGGAGGUUCGGAGAAAAGGAGGCAUACGAUAUUCAUGUUAAAACCCAUGAGAAUUCGAAUAGUAUAUCCUGUCGUCUAUGUAAAAUUAAGUUUGCUGAUGAUUCGGAGCUGUCUGCCCAUAUGUUGGGCAUGCAUGGAACUUUCGAGCCUGACAAACUAGGUUUGGAGGACAAUAUGAUCCGCUGCAAGGAAAUGGUGAAAGGCAAGGAAAAAACCGUGUUUAGGUGCACGAUUUGUACAAAGCAUUUUCCUGUCCCGAGCAAACUGAGGUCUCACAUGCGCACACAUACUGGUGAAAAACCAUUUAAGUGCGACGUUUGCAAUAAAUCGUUUGGCACUGCUGGCAGCCUGAAGGAUCAUGGCUAUCUUCACACCAAUAAAAAGCCCUACAAUUGUACAAUUUGCGAGAAGGGGUUCACGAAAAAUAGUGCACUAGAGGAUCAUAUUCGAUCCCACACGGGAGAACGGCCAUACGAAUGUAACAUUUGCAAGAAGAGAUACAGGACGAUAGUUAUCCUCAAUCAGCACCUGCUGGCCCAUGCCAAGGAAAAGCCGUUUAAGUGUGACGUGUGCAACAAAAGUUUUAUUUACCUUUGUAAUUUAAAGUACCAUAUGGUUACGCACACGGGGAGCAAACCUUUUGCCUGCAGCUUGUGCGACAGAAGUUACAGUAUAAAAAACGCCCUGAAAAUCCACAUGAUGGACCAUAGAGGAGAGAAGCCCUUUAAAUGUCGGUUCUGCGACAAACAAUUUACCGCAGGGAACAGCCUCAAGAAACACGAACGUAUACACACGGGAGAGAAACCGUACAUCUGCUCCGUGUGCAAAAAAGGUUUCAGUCAGUCUAGCUCGUUGAGUCGGCAUCUGGACUCCCAUAAAGGGGAGAAACCGUACAGAUGUACCGUUUGCCAGAGAGGCUUUACGUCUGCCAGUUAUUUGAAGAUUCAUCUAAAAAUGCACCAAGGCGAACCGCCGUAUCAGUGUAAACAGUGCAACGAAAAGUUCAUGGUAGUACAAAAAUACAGGGUUCAUUUAAAACAACACAAAAAAGGAAAAAACGAUGGGAACCCAAAGUCCAAAAAGGGGAAAACAGUCGACAAAGAGGAAAAUGAGAAUUCUGCUUUAAAGUCAGAAAUCGAAGAUGAGAUAGAAAUUAAGAAGGAAUUAGACGAGAAUUAAAGUACAUCAUCGUUUGCCAGUUCCUAGUUCGCUCUUUAAGGUGUAGAUUAUUAUCGGGCGGAUAAUGUAAUUAAUUCAGAUUCCUACUUAUUAUUAAAUUAUAUUUGUUUAUA